GUUCUUUUGAACUUCUUGUGUCAUUUCCAUUCAGCCUCCGGGGGGAAUCGACAUAUUUAAGUUUCUCAGAUCCAAAUCUCGUUCCAGAAUCCAGUAUCUUUGCCUUGGCGCCUUUGUCGCCCCCCCGGAGUCGAUGACAUGGAACCUCUGGCAUCAUAGCUAUGAAUGUUAUCAUUGUAUGGUAUACCAAGACCGGCCGGGAGCCAAUGAGAGAGCCGCACGUGAGAUAUCCUUGGCGAGGAUUCUUGGCUCGGGGAGCGAAAUUCCGCUUGAAAAGUGAGCAUGACGCAUACGACCAAUGGUCCGAGCACGUGAUGUCGGCAAACAGCCCUAAGCGGGGUUUGACUCAAAGAAAGAAGGCGAACCAUUGGAUCCAGAUACGACGUGUCGGUAUUGAUUGGUUGGUGAGUGAAAGACAAGUGGAUCGCGGAAUGCCAAGGUUCCCGCGCGGUCGCGGAGUCUUGGCGGGACGGUCUCGGUUUUCGUCCGGGAUUUUGUUGACGCAGGCGCCGGCUUGGCGUUUCUCCUCGGAGGGGUCCAAGAGUCUCUUCGGACAGGGGUGUCGGUUAGAAAAACCCCCGCUGGUAUGCCUAGCCUGGCCAAGCUGCCGACCUAUCCGAUGGGCGGAGUGGCUCUUCUCGGCUUCAUUGGAUGACCCCGCGUCGUUCUCGUAUAUCAUUGCUCUUAUUUUCCUGGUUUUCCUUUCCUUUUGCUGCUUUUCCCUUCCUUAUCGAUACCGGUGGAUCCUCGUUGGUAUUAUUCUUAGAGGACUCUGUUAGUCCUGCAAGCUGCUGCAGUAUCCACUCCAAUGACCCUAGGUGCUUCUGGAACUGAGAUUGUCGGGGUUAUCGUGGGAGCUGUCAUCCUGUUUACGCUGGUCAGCGCUGCUCCGGUGUAAGUUUCCCCACGCUGUGUAACUCCUG